AUGAUGUGCCGUCUUCAAUUGUUCUUCCUUAUCGCGGCAGACCUGAUCUUGGCAGCGCCGAUCGAGAGGAACGGAGGUAGUGAGGUGGAGAAGACUUUGGAUGACUUUUUGAGUGCGUAUUAUGACGAGUUCGUUGCUAGAAGGACUGACGACAGUGAUAUUUACGAGAGGAUGCAGGGGGAUCAGCCGAGCAAUAAUAUCAACGCUAGUGAUCUGGAGGAAGUGAGGAAUCUGAUGGACUUGGAGCACCGCAAGCUUAGCCGAGAAAAGUAA